ACAGCCCUCAAGACCUGUGUGGACUCUGACCUGUCAUCAGGGACCCAAAAGUGGGGAGAGCGUCACGUGACGCCGAAGCUCACGUGACUUGGAGUACACAUGACUUCCAGUCCGCAGGCGCCUCCUGGAGAGAAAGGACUCGAGGAAGCUGAGAUGGUCCGAGCCGCGCGCUCCCCGCUGCUCCCGCUGCUCCUGCUCGUGUCCUGGGCAUCCCCAGGCGCGGCCGCCCCGGACCAGGACGAGAUCCAGUGCCUCCCCGGGCUGGCCAAGCAGCCGUCUUUCCGCCAGUACUCGGGCUACCUCAAAGCCUCGGACUCCAAGCACUUCCACUACUGGUUUGUGGAGUCGCAGAAAGACCCUAAGAACAGCCCGGUGGUACUUUGGCUCAACGGGGGUCCUGGGUGCAGCUCCCUAGACGGGUUCCUCACGGAGCACGGCCCCUUCCUGAUACAGCCAGAUGGUGUCACCCUGGAGUACAACCCCUAUGCUUGGAACCUGAUUGCCAACAUGUUGUACAUCGAGUCGCCAGCUGGGGUGGGCUUCUCCUACUCCAAUGACAAGGAAUACGCCACCAACGACACGGAGGUUGCACAGAACAAUUUUGAAGCGCUUCAAGACUUCUUCCGCCUCUUUCCUGAGUACAAGGACAACAAACUGUUCCUGACGGGUGAGAGCUACGCUGGCAUCUACAUCCCCACCUUGGCUGUACUGGUCAUGCAGGACCCCAGCAUGAACCUUCAGGGGCUGGCUGUGGGCAAUGGACUCUCCUCCUAUGAGCAGAAUGACAACUCACUGGUCUACUUUGCCUACUACCAUGGCCUUCUGGGGAACAGGCUCUGGUCUUUGCUCCAGACCCACUGUUGCUCUCACGACAAGUGUAACUUCUACGACAACAAAGAUCCAGACUGCGUGAACAACCUCCUGGAAGUGUCUCGCAUCGUGGGCAAAUCUGGCCUCAACAUAUAUAAUCUCUACGCGCCGUGUGCUGGUGGAGUGCCCAGCAAUUUUAGGGAUACGGACACUCUUGUGGUCCAGGAUUUUGGCAACAUCUUCACUCGCCUGCCACUCAAGCGGGAAUGGUAUCAGACAUUGCUGUUACGUUCUGGGGGCAAAGUACACAUGGAUCCUCCCUGCACCAACACCACCGCCGCCUCCACCUACCUCAACAACCCGUAUGUGCGGAAGGCCCUCCACAUUCCCGAGCAGCUGCCCCGCUGGGAUAUGUGCAACUUCCUGGUGAACUUACAAUACCGCCGUCUCUACCAAAGCAUGAACUCCCAGUACUUGAAGCUGCUCAACUCCCAGAGAUACCGGAUCCUGUUAUAUAACGGCGAUGUGGACAUGGCCUGCAAUUUCUUAGGGGAUGAGUGGUUUGUGGAUUCUCUUAACCAGAAGAUGGAGGUGCAGCGCAGGCCCUGGCUCGUUGACUACGGGGAGAGUGGGGAGCAGGUCGCUGGCUUCGUCAAGGAGUCCUCACAUAUUGCCUUUCUCACAAUCAAGGGCGCUGGACAUAUGGUCCCCACUGACAAGCCCCUCGCCGCCUUCACCAUGUUCUCACGUUUCCUGAAUAAGGAGCCAUACUGAGAGCCAAGGGGACCUGUGGAUAUCCCUGGUGACCUGAUCCAGAGCCUUCUGGCCGCUCUCCAGGAGGGGGUCCCCCUUGUGGGGCAGGUCUCUGCUCUGCAACUGCCCCCACUCCCCUCACUGCUUGUGCAUCCCACCAGGCUCCAGGGCCUCACACAAACAGCCCCGGGGGGCAAGUGAACACUUGAAUCCUGGGGUGGCUUGGCCCUUCUUGACACCUUGACCCCAUCCCAGGACUCCAACAGAGCUCUCAGGAAAGCCCAAGGAGAGGUGUGGACGGAUUGUAAUUGAUGGGUUGACUGAUUGUGGCAUUAAAUUGGGUACAGCUUCA